GGAUGGGGUUGGAGAUGCAUGGAGAAAUGGCUGAUGGGAGAAAUUACGCCAAAUCUUCUUUUAUGACACCCGGAGUAGUCUUAAGAAUAUAAGGUUUAAGUUUGGCUUCUUGACGAAAGAUGGAUGAGUCGUCGUCCUCGCUGCCGUACGGCUCCAAAAAGCGGGUCAAGAUUCACCCGAACACGGCGACGGUGAAGUACGUCACCCAUUUCCCCCAGCCGGGCGACGAGGGCUACGAUGACGCCCCCUCCUUCGAAGAUUUUGGCGCGUUCGCCGAAGCUAACGCAGGGAAGAGGCUGAUGCCAGAGAGCAAAGGUGGGAGGACUUUGUUUGGAUCCAUGGAGACCCAAGCCAACCCGUCCAGCACCCCCAGGGACAAGGGGGUUGGUGGGCAGUUGGCCAGCUUUGGCGAGGCCAACGUGCUGGCGUCUAGGGUGACCUGGAUGGCCCUUUUCGGGGCGGCGGUUUCUCACGGAUGCGUGGCCUUGAUCACCCGUCUGGCUUCGGACCGCUCCAAGGUGCCCUCCCUGGAGUUGCUCUUCAUCCGCUCGGUGAUCCAGGUGCUUUCCAUCCUGGUGGUCUUCUACCACCACGAGGCACCCUUCGGACCCAAAGGCUACCGUCUACGUCUCUUCUUCUACGGCGUGUGUAACGUCAUCUCCAUCACAUGCGCCUACACCUCCUUCGCCAUUGUGCCCCCCAGCAACGGCACCAUCAUGUGGCGUGCCUCCACCACCGUCUUCAGCGCCGUGCUGGCUUUCUUGUUGCUGGAUGAGCGUUUGGCAUACACGGACAUCGUCACAGUGGUGGGCAGCGUGUUCGGCCUGUGCCUGGUCAUGGUGCCCAACGUGGCGGACGAGCAGAAGUCCAGGCUGAAUUUUUGGAAGGAGGCUUUCGGCUACACCAUGACAGUGAUGGCCGGCCUGACCGCCGCCCUCUCCAUGAUUGUCUACAGAGCUAUCAAGGAGCGCGUGAGCAUGUGGACGGCCCUCUUCACCUUCGGCUGGACGGGCACCGUCUGGGGCGCGUCCACUAUGUUCAUCAUGCAAGAGCCCAUCAUCCCCCUCGACGGCGAGACUUGGGUCUACCUGAUCGGGAUCUGCAUCUGCUCCACCGUGGCGUUUCUGGGCGUCUACUACGCCCUCAACAAGUUCCACCCGGCCUUAGUGAGCACCGUGCAGCACCUGGAGAUCGUGGUGGCCAUGUUCCUGCAGCUCAUCGUGCUGAGGAUGAUCCCGUCGGUGUACGACGUGAUUGGAGCCCUGGUCAUCAUGAUCAGCGUUUUCGCCCUCACCGGGCUCAAGCUGUACCGGGUGAGGAGGGCUGUCCGGCAGGAUUACCAGGAGAUCCUCGACUCUCCCAUCAAAUGAGAUUCAUCUUGGUACUAGUCUUCCUUGUUUAUAGUGGUGGUUCUCAAACUGCGGUCCUUGGAUCCCAGAGACGUUCAUGAGCCCUAACUUGGAGGUGAUAACUUAGGGGUCCCUGGACCCAAAAGGUUUUAGAACUGCUGGUUUACAAUGUUUGCUUGGUUGUGCAAUUCAAAGAAUGUCUGU